AUGAUGGUGCUCGCCAAGGGACGGAACAACUGCAAUCGAUGCUGAGCGGCGGUGGCAGCGGCCCUCCGUGGCCCGCCGCAGUGCCAUCGGACACUCACGACUGUGUGCAGCGGAGCGGCGGGCGGCGACAGACGGGCCGACACCCGACCCGGGCCGGCCGUCAGACAGGCGGAGUUCAGACUAGGAAACGACGGUGCGACCAUCGUCUCUGCAGCUCCACGCCAUCCCCUCUCGCCUCACACCGGGACCUACAGAAGUACAGCGCACAGCCAGUCGCAGCUGCUCGUCCACCGCCACCGAUGAGCGUCGUUGUGGCCGCACGGCUAUGGCUGAUGCUGUUCAAUCUCAGGACAAGCGGUGCGCUACAAGGAUCAACGUUUUCACUACCGGACAACUAUGCGAAGUGGGAGCCGCCGAUUGGGCCGGACGGGGAGCCCGUCAAUGUGCAGCUAAGCAUGCACAUCUUAGACGUGGUACUGGAUGAGGCAGCUCAGACUGUCAAAUUCGAUUCUUACUUCCGGACAUUCUGGGUGGAAAAUCGCAUCAUUUUCAAAAACAUGACAAGACCGGUGAUUCAAAUGGACACGGAGGUUACCACGAAGCUCUGGCUGCCCAACAUUUUCGCCCUGUUCGUCCAGAAGGUGGAAAAGCCGGAGCUAAUUGUGCCCGCAGCUGGCGUUCACCUUUAUGAGGAUAAGUUGAUAUUCAGGUCCAGUUUAUACCUGACAACCGUCAAAUGCAACCUGCUGUACUUCAACUACCCAAUGGAUAGACAAACAUGCACAGUCAAAAUACAGAGCUAUGCGUACACAUCGGAGACGCUGACCAUCGAGUGGCACCCCAAGGGCAUCACCCGUGAGGACAUCGUGAUGAGCAGCUUCUACCUGGAGGACAUCCGUACCCUGCCGCCAGUCAGAGUCGGCGUGUUCAACAACAGCCACGCAGAGCUGAGGUUCGAGAUGCGUUUCAAGCGUAAACUGCGCUUCUCGAUCCUGGCUGUGUAUGUGCCCAGUCUGCUGGUGGUAAUGGUCAGCUGGCUCUCACUAUGGGUACGUAUGCUGUGUGGAGUAUAG